AUGGCUACCAGAACUAAGAAGGGGAUCUUCGACGUUUUCCGGAAGCCUAGGGAUGCCGCUGGUUCCAUCGAGUCUCGACCGGCUUUUCAGUUCGAGCCCUCCGUAUUCGAGGGCUUGUCCUCGAAGAACGAUAUUCAGCUCCGAAUCAGGACAAUACGUGAAAUAAAGGAGCACCUCAAUGACUAUCGUUUUGAAGCCGAGCAAGUCAGCACGUUGUAUUCGUUGACGAAUGAUCUGCUAUCGCCCGCCCAGAGCUUGAGUGUCCGAGAGGAGGUCCUGGAUUUCUACUGCGUGGUCUCGAAUACGCAGUUCGAGCAGUUGGGCCUAGCCAGGGUACAUCUUUUCGGUCUAGUCGAAUGGAAGUCCAGGGACAAGGAUAAGGAUAUCGGUGGACGUCUGAAGUUGCUUCAGGCGUUGACAAAAGAAGGCAAAUGCAUCGCUCUCUUCGAGAGAGAGGCGCCAAAAUUCAUUGCCAAAUGGAUGCACCAAGUUCUGCAGACUACCUUUGCACCAAGUUACCUGAAACUCGUUAUAAACCUGGUCAAGUACAAUUCGGCGUUCCUCGACAGGGACAUCAUACACAAGCUCAUCGAAGAAACGUGCAUGCUCUGCUAUUCCACCGCGUCAGAACAGAACAUAAAACUGGCUCUAGAACUUCUGGAUUGUCUCGUGAGCUACUCGCUUCUGAGAACGGAGGUCCUGGAAUACAUGGUUCCCACUGUUUGUCGAACAGUUCUCGUCGUACCAUUACAGAAGGCUUCUUUCCAAUUAAUGACUAAGUUACUCGGCACGCAUCUUGGGAGAGCCGCUGUGGCCAAGAUGUGUGAAAUUCUCGAGGAACCCGAAAGAUUCAAAGACGCCAAUCUCCCCCGAGGAGCCGUGAUAUUUUUAGGGUUUGCCAUGAAUCCCGCUCACCACGAGACUGUAGCCUGCGGCCACACGGCUAACCUUGUCGCCUUGAAAAAGGCGCUUUCGAGCGGAAAAGCUGUCAUCGCUGCCGAGGUCAGCCGAACUCUAUGCUCCUUGCUGACACAGACGGCCGAAGCAGGCCCGGACGAUCGGGCCUACGAAUCCGUUUUCGACUGGACCCUGAUCCUCGACGUCGCCCAUGGACUGAUCGAGGUCCUGCCGAAGCUAUCCGAUAGCCAGUAUGGAAACAAACCGGGAGACAGCGAGAUUUGUGUAACGCUCAUAACCGAGCUCUAUCUCUUGCUUGAAACACUCGCCGAUAAGGGCGUUAUCUGUGGCACUGAUAAGGAGCGGCUCUUUGAGCUCGUUGAGAAAUCACCCCAUCACCAGCGAUCGGAAGUUUCGCUAACCCGUUUAUUGGAUUACCGCGCGGCCGACGUAAAGCGACAUCCGAGUGAUUGGCUCGCGCGACUCGGGGCCCUCAUGGAAACGUUUUAUAACAACGGGCCGCAGACGCUUCGACUGAAAGCGCUUUCGGUUCUGAAAGACAUCAUUACGUCGUUCGGAACUUUCUACGAUGAGGAAAUCUGCGAGCAUAUCAUCGUACCGUACCUGGGAAAAGUUGCUGAAGAGCGAGACCACAUUGUGGGCAAGGAAGCCAUCAGUACGAUCUCAACCCUUUGCUUGAAACUUCCGAACCCGGGGAAGAGAACGAAAGAGGCCUGCGUCGAGAUAUUGGAAACGGUUUUGAAUACUUUACAAGUGCAACUAUCGGCGGUUGCGAUCGAAUGCCUUGUGGAUGUUUUCCGCAAUGAGCUGAACUCUUCAACGCCUCACACUCUCCAGCGAAUCGUCGAAAAACUCGUUUCGUGGAUAAAUCGACAGUACUGCCCGCCUCCCGGCGAGGGCGCCUCUCCAUUGGACACGACGGUUGCGGUGAAAAGCCGGCAGCUGAUCAUGGAGUUACUCUUAUCAUUCCGAAUGAAUUCGAGGGGUCAAUUGUGCAUUGAAGUCAUUAAGGACAACGACGAGGGUUCCACAGUCAUAGAGAGGAUGACCGUCAUUUCCGACCGUCGUAGGUGUUCGCCGUUUGUUUUUGUGAUGAAUCCCAACACUUCCUACAUCGAGCAUCUGAAUCAGCAAGGAGUCGAUGUCGUCGUGGUCAACAUUAGCAACGUUCCACCGGUCAUCACGGCCUUUAUCGAGUCUGAAACCAACUGGCGGUUGUUCAUGUCCAUGACCGAUCGGCUGUCCAGAUUCCUCCAGGACCGGCCUGUGAUGCUGCUCGGUGGACAUCAGUCUAUUGGAAAGUACUGCAAUCUCCUUUGCUCGAUGGUAGCGGAUCAGACUCGUUUCAAAGUACUCGCGAAUUCCGAAGUCGCCGACUUCAAGCAUGAGAACCAGGACGCUCCGCGGACGAGUCAAGUAACAUUCAGUGAUCUCCAGCAAAAAGUUCUUCCUAUACUGGUGGUCUUCCCCAUUCACCGAAACGAGCUACAAUCCAACGUUCAAACAAAACUCGUCGGCACCCUCGUCCAGGGCAUGUCGUCGAAAGCCGCGCCCCAAUGCAUCCGUAGUUUGACCUUGGUGCUUCUCCAACUACAAGACCAGAUGUACCGUAAAUGCGAAAUAGUUUUGAACAAGCUGGCAAAAGUUUCUGACACCAAGGCUGUGGCACUGCCGGUACUGGAUUUUCUGUCCUGUCUGAUAACUCUGCCGGAAAUUUUCUCCUCCUUCACGAAAGAAAACUACAACAAGGUCUUCGCCAUCGCUCUGCCGUACACGAACAGCGUACGGUUCUCGCGAUACGUAGUGGCCUUAGCCCACCAUGUCAUCGCUCUCUGGUUCCUGAAAUGCAGAGCAGAGUUCCGACCGGAGUUCGCUCAGUUCAUCAUGAAACGGCUCCGCAAUCACAGCAGUGCGUCGACGUCGUCUUUCGAGCCGAUGCAGAGAAGUCGCAGCGGAAGUUUGAACGAGCGAAAAGCCGCCAACAUGGGUGGUCAGAGGGACAGAUCCGAGCUCGGUGCGCUGCCUCAGGCCGGCUCCGGUGCCGUUCAAUUGCAGGAAGAACUCGUGGAGGCUGCCGAUGACUUCCUGAAUCAGUACUCACAGGGUGCCUGCUCGUUGCAGCCGAGGAAAAGCGCAGCUGAGCAUUUCUUGGUGAACGGAGGCCAGAGCAUCACAUGGGUCGCCGGUAAUAAGGUUCUCACCAUCACGACAUCGGGCUGCGUGACGAAUAUCUCGGCGAGUUCUGGCGGAGUUUGCGACCGGUGUCUGAAACUGUGCAAGUCGACUCAUUGUGGUGGGCAGAACACCCUCAGCCAGAGCUCGUCGGAGAACCUGGCCCCGUCGUCGGGCAACCUAUCCCCGAGCCCCGGGGCGAACGGCGCGGAAUCCUCCAGUAAGAAGUCACUGAAAAGCCUCGGAUCUGAGUUAGCUCCGCGCUCAAUGAGCGUUGCGUCGAGAGAUGAGCUCGGAAUAGGCAGGGGAGCUAAGGCAUCGGAGCAGAUCAAGUGUAGCUCGGACGAGCACAUCUAUCAGCACACCAGUCAGCCGGUGAGUCCGAAUGGAAGUACAUUCCAGCCGGCCGUACAUGCCUACAGUGCUCAGGGUAUCUCAGCUGGAUCUUCAGAAAGUGUUCUCGCAUCAAGUUCCUCCGGAUCGGCGAAUUCAGAUGGUGGAAUGGUUCUCCAUCGAGUUUGUAAUUGCUGGUGUCGGAAUUGGGCUGAGGUAACUGUGCGAAGACCCUCUGGAGUAACGUCUUGGACUUUGAGAUUGCAAAACGAUCUGUUUUCGACCAUGCCUCUCCACGAUGUUGCUAUUCCGGAUAUAACAUCCAUCUUUGUGAACCUUUCUGCGACUAUGAGGCAAUCCGAGACCGAGAGCGAAGCUGGUUCCCGAAAAGAGGAGCCAUCGACCCCUCCGGUCAGGAAAUCCGCUCCGUCAUCUCCAACUGAGCCAUCCCCCAAGCCUCUGAUACAGCGAUCCGUUUCCAUGACGGAGAAAGAACGUCAAGGAAGCAAAAAGUCGCCACGGAUAGAGAAAAUCGCUUCCAUACCAGAAGAGCCAAAGUCGAGGAGGGCGGCCCAGAACAUCACCUUCUCCCCAGAUUCCCAGCUCGAGUCUUCGGAUCGCUUCGGGUUCCGGGACCGGGCUCAGACGAUAUCCGUCAUGACACCGACGAGACAGAGCAACGAAUUUUUCCCCUGGAAAGAUGAAGUCGCCUAUUCUGAUCGAGCCUGUUUGUCGCCGAUGUUCCUCUUCAAUCGGCUUUUUGCUGAAGAACCGGUCCGAGGAAUGGACGGAGCUCCGACGAAACACUUUAGUCAGAUGCAGCCGCUCUUGAUCCCUCCGAACGCCGACGAGUACAACAACUCUCUCGAGGUGCUCGAUCGAACCCUCGCCUAUGAGACCCACAAAAUCGGCAUUGUUUACGUUGACGCGGAUCAGGAGGCGGAACCGGCCAUGCUGUCCAACGUAUUCGGCAGUCGGAGGUACAUGAAGUUCCUGCAAGGUCUCGGAACGUACGUCUGUCUGAAGGAUAUCGACGGCGCAUCGAUAUACAAUGGGGGUCUGGACACGAAAUGGGGUGAAGAUGGCAGCUUCUCUAUAGCUUGGCAUGACGACGUGAUGCAGGUUAUGUUCCACGUUGCCACCCUCAUGCCGACCAAGAAGUCCGACCCCCAUUGCGCUGAAAAGAAGAAACACAUCGGCAACGACUACGUUGUCAUAGUUUACAACAACUCGGGCAGCGAAUACGUCCCUCCAGCCAGGUCACAGUUUCUACAUGCGUGCAUCAUCAUCACUCCUCAGUGCCAGAAUACGUCGGUAGUCCGGGUGUGGCUCCGCAAGGAGUUACAAGCUGAGAUCGGAGCAGACGAGGAGGUCACGCGGGGAUGCGCCAUCCACGACGAGGCUCUCCCGAAGUAUGCCAGACAGCUCGCCCUGCACAUGAACAUCGCUUCCACUAUCCAUCGGAGCGGAGAGACCUACGUCAAUAACUGGUUGGAGCGACUGAGAAUUAUCAAACGACUACGGAGUCGGCUGCAGAAACGAGCUGCACUGGAAGCGCCCUCGAGUCUUUCGCACGCGUCGAUGAACAGCAACACCAUUCUCUAGUUUAUUCAAAUGACGUUGAUAUAUGGAAUCGACAUGCCCCGACGAAUGUCGUUCUUCGCUUAGAUUCUUCACAUGCCGCCUCAGAUGACAUGGCACUGGCCGCGCGCCCAACAGUGUGUCAUCGAAGAAAGUCCCCUCCUGAUCUAGUGAUCAUUUAUGUAUUUA